UAUAGCUUCACUAUAACAGCAUAUGAUAAUGGUACUCCUCGUUUGAACGGUUCUGCUAACAUACACGUCUUCUUGACGAACGUGAAUGACCUUGCACCUACAUUCAGCAAUCCAAUGGAAUAUGUGCAGGUGAGUGAGGACGCAGUAGUUGGAACACUCAUUCACGUCAUUCAGGCUUAUGAUGUUGAUGGAGAUUCUGUGGCUUAUAAUGGCCUUUUGUCUUGGGGACCAUUCAGCAUAGCAUCAGAUACAGGUGUUAUAAUGCUAAGAGGGUCAUUAGAUAAAUCUUCAUCAUUGUCAUACAGACUGAACAUUACAGCAACAGAUGAUGGCAUAUGUUGUGGAGGGGUCAUCACGAGGUCAAUGGUUGUUGUUGAAAUUAAGGAUGUGAACAACAAUGCACCAAAGUUUCUAGAAUGUUCCUCAUACAAUCCUGUUGUCAUGGAGAAGGAAAAUAUCGGAACUCCCGUCAUUCAGGUGUCGGCAACUGAUUAUGAUACGGGAAUCAACAGCAACAUCACAUAUUCUUUGGUACGUUUUGCUGAGCAAUCGAGUUUUGAUAGAUUUGAUAUAGACCCACGCACUGGGUUGAUCACAACCUCUGACAUCCUUGAUCGCGAAUCAAAAAUUGGAAUCACAGAUUAUGGAUUGACAGUAAAAGCUGAGGAUCAUGGAUCACCGUCAUUAGCUGGUUUCUGUUCAUUCCAAGUUAAAGUUGGAGACAAGAAUGAUAAUGCUCCUUCUUUCAAUAUGCCUGAGUACUUUGUCAGUGUUGAGGAAUCAAGUAGUGUUGGCAAAAAAAUAAAACAAGUUUAUGCAACUGAUCAGGAUGCUGGUAGGAAUAUGGGGCAAGAAGCCACAGUUAAGUCUUUGAUGAAGGACUACAAAAAGUUUACAAUCAAUUCAACCACUGGGACUAUUAGAACUUCUGCCAUGUUUGAUCGAGAAAUCAAAAAAGAGUAUUACAUCACAGUUGUGGCUCAAGAUGGCGCACCAUCCAGUCGAAGUAAUCAUCAGCCGCCUGCCACAGCGACUGCUACAGUUUUAGUUGAAGAUAUAAAUGACCAGGUUCCAAGGUUCAAGCAGAAGUUUUACGAGAUCAGCAUUUUUGAGAGUCGUCCAACCGGAACUAACGUUUUAACAGUCUUUGCAUAUGACGAUGAUGUAGGCGUAAAUGCUAAACUGAUUUAUUCGUUAGUCAAAUUGGAAGAUCAUAAAUAUUUCAGAAUAUUCACUGAUGCUGUUUCAAAUUCUGGCGUCAUACAAAUUCAUAACGAAAUUGAUUUUGAGACAAUUAAACUGAAGUACUUCAACUUAACUGUUGGUGUUCAUGAUCUGAAUCCACUUCAUAAUGACACUGCAUACAUUUUGAUCAACAUAUUAGAUGCUAAUGACAAUGCACCGACGUUCAGUAUUACUCAACACAAAAUCAAUGUUUUUGAAAAUAUAUCUGUUGAUUCCUCUCUCUUUAGAUUUGUUGUUCACGACUUGGACACUGGGCAAGGAGGGCUUUUUAGAUAUGAAAUAGAUCCGCUGUCUGAUCCCCAAAACAAUUUUAAAAUAUCGGAUUCCGGCCUUGUGAGCACUGCACAGUCUCUAGACAGAGAAAACAGAGCGGAACAUAAACUUCGUGUAAUGGCUAUUGAUCAAGGUGUUCCACAGUUGACCGGCUAUGCUACAUUAUAUGUAACGUUAAAAGACGUGAAUGAUAAUCCACCACAUCUCAAUAUUACGUAUCUACCUAUUAUUUACGAAAACAAACCACCCGGUCAAUUUGUUGUUGAGGUCACAGCAUCAGACAAUGAUUCUCUUGACAACGGACCGCCAUUCAAAUUUUGGUUACCUUGUAGUGGCAGGUGUCCUUGUUGGAGUUUUUCUUCAUGUCAAUUUUUCAAGUUCAAAUUUGCUCCAAGUUUGUUUUUUUGCAGUUAUUCUUCAGUGUUUAUUAGUUUUUUUUUUGUAAAAAAUUUAGCAGAAGCGAAAUUUCUUUUAAUGUUAUAA